CCAACGUUUGGUUUGGGUUCUCUUUUCUUGUAGUGUUGUUUGCAUAAUAUUAAUAUUAUUAUUUUUGAAGGAUAUAGCAACAAUGCUAUCAUUAUGAGACGGCAAUCACUUGCAUCACUUCCCCCACCAUUUUUCUUUCUUUCCUUCCUUCCUCCUUUCUUUCCCAACAAAAAUUUAUAGGCCCGUAAGUCUUCGCUUUCUUUGAUUCUUCUCUCAACAAAAUUCAACCAAUCUUCUUAUUUCUUCAGGAGGAUUUGGUUCCACUAUAGGGUUUUUGGCACUUUCUGGGUCUUGGAGAGCUGUAGCUGGAAUUUCGAUCUACAGCUACUGAACCAACUAUUUUGUUAGUUUGGUGAGCAGGUUAUCAAGGACUUGGCAUAAUUGUUGUUUAGCACAAAAUUGGAAGUGUAAAAUUCAAUAUCAACUUGCCAAUUUCUUGAAUUUGGUCUUGAAGACUGUACUUGGAUUUUGUAGUGAUAGUGAGAAAUUGAUAUUUCUUGUUCAGGGAAGUUUGAUUCCUUCAACUCUAAGUAUCCAUGCGUGUUUGAGUUUCAGCUACUUUCUAAUCUGGGUUCUCCCUUUUGUCAACUUGACAAAUUGGAAUUUGAAGAAUUCAUCUGAGUUUCGUGUUGAUUGCCCAAAAUUGUGCUAUGUUUAGAGCUCUAUGAACCCAAGAUUUAUGGGUGUUGAAUUUCAAGCUAAUUUUCUGUAUAGCUUUCUCCACAUAAUUGUUUAAAGAGCAGUGGAUGUGAAUUAUAUAGCUUGAAUUUCCAAGGUUUCUGGGUUGCGAUUUCAUAUGCUCUGACGAUCUAUUCAUUUUAUAUAGCUUAGUUGCAGCGCGCAGAAUUUUGAGAUGUUUUCAUUAUGUUUAAAUUCUCAAAGAUGUAAAUGGAGCACAUUAUUUCAUUGAUGAUGGCUGUUUCUGCAUUGGCUCUUCUGUUAUUGGUGCAAUUUCCAAGUAUAAUAGCCUUUGGGUUGCACAUACAAUCAAAGGUUUGUGGUACCGAUCACAUAGUCUAUUCAAAUUUUGAUGAUCAAGAAUUGUUUUACAUUAAUGGAAGUCCCGUAGACAAAGAUUCAUUUUGCAAGCUCCUUCACUUCCACUAUGCAAAUGGUUGCAUCUUUGAGAGUUAUGAUGGCUGUAGCUACUGUGGGUUGGACCUCUUAUUAGCUAACUUGUCCCUCAAGGGAGGAAGAAAACUUUUGCAAAAGGAGGUCGGGGAACAGUCCAAAAUCCAUGGAGGUCAGGAUAUUCCUCCAAAAGAGAAGAAGAACAAUCCUACAACUUUAACCCCCAAACAUGUCGGCUUAGUAGCAGCUGGAAUUGUUGUCAUAACCUGUGGUCUUUUGUGUCCCUGUUCUCGCAGGAAAAGGAAAGCAACUGCUCACCCUGUUCUUGCUAAGGAUCCAAUUUCAAUGGAUUCAGUAUCCUCUUUCAAUGUGAAUUCCACUCCUGAAAAAGUUCCACCCAGUCCACUUCGGGUGCCACCUAGUCCUUCUAGAUUUUCAAUGUCUCCCAAGCUUAGUAGACUGGGAUCAAUUCAUCUCAAUUUGAAUCAGGCUGCAAGAGCUACACACAAUUUUUCUCCAACACAUCGGAUAGGAGAAGGAGGCUUUGGAACUGUCUACAAGGCCCAACUAGAAAAUGGGCAGGUGGUUGCGAUAAAACGAGCAAAGAAGGAACACUAUGAGAACUUGCGAACUGAAUUCAGCAGUGAAGUUGAGCUUCUGGCAAAAAUUGAUCAUCGGAAUCUGGUGAAAUUGCUUGGUUAUGUUGAAAAAGGAACUGAGCGCCUUAUUAUUACUGAGUAUGUGCCAAAUGGUACUCUUAGAGAACAUUUGGAUGGUCAGCGUGGAAGAAUUCUGGACUUUAAUCAAAGGCUUGAAAUAUCCAUUGAUGUUGCACAUGCAUUAACUUAUCUCCACACAUAUGCAGAGAAGCAGAUUAUCCACCGAGAUGUCAAAUCAUCCAACAUUCUUUUGACGGAGAGCAUGAGGGCCAAGGUUGCUGAUUUUGGAUUUGCAAGACUUGGUCCUGUGGACGCUGAUCAGACUCACAUUUCAACCAAAGUGAAAGGGACAGUGGGUUACCUUGACCCUGAAUAUAUGAAGACUUAUCAGCUGACCCCAAAGAGUGACGUAUACUCAUUUGGGAUUUUACUUCUAGAAAUUCUGACAGGCCGCCGUCCUGUGGAGCUGAAGAGACCUGCAGAUGAGCGGGUUACACUUAGAUGGGUCUUUAGAAAGUAUAACGAAGGAACCGUGGUAGAUAUGGUGGAUCCACUAAUGGAAGAGAAAGUAGAUGGGGAGGUACUCAUGAAAAUGUUUGCUUUGGCAAUCCAGUGUGCUGCACCCAUUCGAGCAGAUCGACCGGACAUGAAAACAGCAGGAGAACAACUGUGGGCAAUAAGGGCAGACUACCUGAAAAGUGCAAGGGCAAGGCGUGGUUAAAAAAAAAAAGAAGAGUGGCCUGCUCAUAUUCUAUUGUGCUCCUUUCAUUACAUUUUCUUUUCAGCCUGUGUAAACAAAUUCCAUUUUAAUGUCAAGACACAAGUUACUUUCA